CCAAAGAGAAAUGGCCGACGUCCUAGAUUCCUUCUACGAUCUCGAGGACAAAGAGCUACAAGAUGCUCAUCUUUUUGGGCUGAUCCGACCCAACGCGGUCAAGAGGCGCCGUCCUCGAGCCGGCGGGAAUACUUCGAGGCUAGCGACGUACACUUACACGGUUCGCAGUGUUGGGAAGACCGAAACAGUCUGCCAAAGGGCAUUUGCAUCUCUUCACGGUAUCUCAAUUGGUCGUGUCCGUCGAAUUGCAAAGGCUUCUGCAACAGCAAUCUGCGCACCAAAAGAC